AUGGCCUCUCCGAGGUUACUGGGCCGCUCGGCGUACCGCGAGCUUGUGUGGGCCGCAUUACCGACAGCGACUUUGAGAGCAAGCUUACUCUGUGCCGCUGGCCCGCGGGCAUAUACCACGCACUCUACGCAGCCACGAUUAACCCUAUCGAAUGACCGAGCUGCAGCGCUGUCAGUCACGAAAACUGGCCGCGCACACCAUCGAGCCAUGUCUUCAUUCAGUACUAUUCCCGCACAGGCUAUUAGUGAGCUGGAAAAGUACACUGCCUGCGACGUCUCCGAUGCGCUCCUCAAGCUCAAGGUAUCCGGCGCCGGCUUCAUAGCCGACCUCACCCAAUACAGCCCACGCAACAAGCAAGAGCGUGUUGUUGUAGCGCCCGUAUCCACAGUCUUGUUCACGGCCAAGGAUGAAGAUCCCACCACGGCCAGCACGCGGCCCGCGCCCAACUUUCCCAAAGACACUCACUGGGUCGACAAUGCCGUGCCCGGCACAUUUGCCGUCAUGCAGCAGGCCGUCGGCCAGACCAAUGCCAUCUGCGGCGGCAUCAUGGCCCUACGCAUGCAAGUCCUAGGCCUCAAGGGGAUCAUCGUUGCCGGUCGCGUUCGAGACUUGAUCGAGCUGCAAAGCACAGAGUUACCUAUCUGGGCGCUCGGUACAUCGACCGUCGGAUCAGGCGGCAGUAGCACGCCCUGGGCGAGGGAGGUGCCGCUCACCAUCAACGGCGUGCGCGUCGCGCCGGGCGACCUCGCCGUCCACGACCCCGUUAACGGCGUCGUCGUCAUCCCGCAGGACAAGGUGACGCAGGUGCUGGAGCUGCUGCCCAAGCUGACCUCUGCCGACGACAAGGCCAAGGCCGACGUCGCCCUCGGCGUUUCCGUCAAGGAGGCCUUUCAGCGCCACCGUGGAUAA